GCAGUUGCUCGGACAGCCCCACUUAAGCGGCGCUCAGAGAGAUUCAUCCAGAAAGUGUCCAGAAGAAACUUCCUGUCAGAAAAGCUGAAAAUGCAGUAUUUAUAACACUGGGAUUUGUACAUAAUUUGUCUAAAAUGGCCGAAAACAAUAGUAAAAACGUAGAUGUACGGCCUAAAACAGGCCGGAGUAGAAGUGCUGACAGAAAGGAUGGCUAUGUGUGGAGUGGAAGGAAGUUGUCGUGGUCCAGAAAGAGGGAAAGCUGUUCCGAGUCUGAAACUGUAGGUCCUGGAGAGAAAGCUGAAGCUUCUCGAAGGAGCCAAGAAAGAGAGCAUGGCUGCUCGUCCAUUCAGUUGGACUUAGACCAUUCCUGUGGACAUAGAUUUCUAGGCCGAUCCCUUAAACAGAAACUGCAAGAUGCUGUGGGGCAGUGUUUUCCUAUCAGGAAUUGUGGUCGGCACUCUUCAGGGCUUCCAUCUAAAAGAAAAAUUCAUAUCAGUGAACUCAUGCUAGAUAAGUGCCCUUUCUCACCUCCAUCUGAUUUAGCCUUUAGGUGGCAUUUUAUUAAACGGCAUACUGUUCCUGUAAGUCCAAAAUCAGAUGAAUGGGUGAGCACAGACUUAUCUGAGAGUAAAUUGAGGGACAGUCAGCUAAAACGAAGAAGCAUGGAAGAAGACAUACCCUGUUUCUCACAUACCAGUGUUCAGCCUUGUGUCACAACUACCACCAGUGCUUCUUGUAGAGGUGGCCACAUAACUGGCUCUAUGAUGAACUUGGUCACAAAUAACAGCAUAGAAGAUAGUGAUAUGGAUUCAGAGGAUGAAAUUAUAACACUGUGUACAAGCUCCAGAAAAAGAAACAAGCCCAGGUGGGAAAUGGAUGAUGAAAUCCUCCAGUUGGAGGCACCUCCCAAGCACCACACCCAGAUUGAUUAUGUGCACUGCCUUGUCCCAGACCUCCUUCAGAUCAGUAACAAUCCAUGCUACUGGGGUGUUAUGGAUAAGUACGCAGCCGAAGCUCUGCUAGAAGGAAAGCCAGAGGGCACCUUUUUACUUCGAGACUCAGCACAGGAAGAUUAUUUAUUCUCCGUUAGUUUUAGACGCUAUAGUCGUUCUCUUCACGCCAGAAUUGAACAGUGGAAUCACAACUUUAGCUUUGAUGCCCAUGAUCCAUGUGUCUUCCAUUUUCCUGACAUUACUGGGCUCCUAGAACAUUAUAAGGACCCAAGUGCCUGUAUGUUCUUUGAACCACUUUUAUCCACUCCAUUAAUCCGGACUUUCCCCUUUUCCUUGCAGCAUAUUUGCAGAACAGUUAUUUGUAAUUGUACAACUUACGAUGGCAUCGAUGCCCUUCCAAUUCCUUCUCCUAUGAAAUUGUAUCUGAAGGAAUACCAUUAUAAAUCAAAAGUUAGGUUACUCAGGAUUGAUGUGCCAGAGCAACAAUGAUGGAGAAAGGUUAAGAAUGUGGACUUGCAUACAUAUUUUCAUUUAAUAUCUUAUUUUUCUUGUGCCUCUUUGAAUUUUUCUACAAAGGCAGUUAGAAUCUAAAAUAAAACUGCUCUAAAUUUUAAUUCCAGAUCAAUUUAUUUUUCUUAUGAUACACUUGUUAUAUAUUUUUAAGCAGGUGUUUGGUUUUGGUUUUUACCAUGUAAGUUGUAUGCUUUCCCCUUAAUUUACAUAUGGCCCAGGCAUAUUUGAAAUUUCAAGGCAUUGCAAAUACAUUUGAAUAUUCUGUAUUUUUUUUAAAUAAUCUUCUGCUCUUUGCUACAUGUAAAAUAUUUUGCUAAUCUACACUAUCAGUAUUCUUGUAUGGCAGAAUAGUUAUUGUUCCAUUUUCAUUUUAAAAUUCUUCGGUAAAGAUGAGUGUGAUAAUCCAUCCAUGAUAAUGUAAUUAACUUUUUAAUCGCUACUAGAAAUGUUAGGCAACAAAAUGGUUUAAAAUGAAAUUUAAAGUGUUUUCAUUUUAAAUAUUAACUAAAAUGAGUUUGAUUGUUUUUUAAUAUGGCCAGUGGAAAAAUAGAAUGUUAUGUUCUAGAGGUACAUUUGUUCUGCAGUAAGGCAGGAUCAUCAAUAAACCCAAAUGCAGCAGCCCCUCAACCUGGGGGGGGGAAUAGUUUCAUAAUGUAAGUUGUGUUCUUUUCUUACUGGAAGCUUUACAAAUAAAAUAGCAGUAUUAGAAGCUUGCAGUUGCUAAGGCAACUAGAGCUUUUCUAUAUUAAUUAUGGACUGUUGCAUCUACUUAGCUCUUUCCUAGGAACUCUGGUUCCCAAGGGAAAAUUCACAAUUUCUAAACAGCUCCCAUAUCCACCAGUAACAAAGAAUCCUGAAUAGUUUCUCAUUAUUUUAAACUGAACUUAAGAUGCAAGCAAAACACAUGGUUCAAAAUUUAGGAAGCUUAAUGUUGCUUUUGGUCUUCACAACCUAGAUAAUUAUUUCUGUCUUCAAAGCUAACAUAUUUUAUGUGGCUUCAAAAAAGAAGACAUGGCAAUAGGUUCAUGACAUGACAUUACAGGACAGGACGACAAAAUAAUAUUUAAUAUUUCACAUUUACUAUCUUAAGGGCAGCACAGCAUUAUAGGACCAUCACUGGCCUGAAGUAACCAGUAAGAAAGACAAGUGGAUUGGUGCCGUAUUUCUCUCCUCAGUGACUGACCGAUACAGGUUUCCCAGUUUUCCUUGUGGUAGGCUAUCUGCCCCUUUUAAAUGUUGUAGUAAUUCUUAUUUAUUUGUUUGUGUGUGUGUGAGAGAGAGAGAGCAAGAGAGAAAGAGAAUCUCUCCGUGAAGCCUGAGUUUCAAGAUUACAGGUUUCUUUCUCUUGCUUUUCUUUCUUUUCCUUUUUUUUUUUUGUUGUUGUUGUUUAGUUGGUUGGAUUGUUUGUUUGUUUGUUUGUUUGUUUGUUUGUUUGUUUGAAACAGGGUCUCUCUGUGUAGCUAUGGCUGACCUGUAGCUUGCAGUGUAUACCACUCUGUCCUCAAACUCACAGAGAUCCUCCUGCCUCUGGCUCCCAAGCACUGGGAUUAAAGGCAUGCACCACCAUGCCUGGCUAGUAAUUGAUUUCUUGAUGCUUAUUCAGCUGUUUUAGAAAACUUGCUUCACCCUCGAUUGAAUGAACAUUGACUCCUAAGUUUCCACAUGAGAGCAAAUGUUUCUUGCUGGUAUGGUGGUGCACACCUAUAAUCCCAGCACUUGACAACCAGAGGGAUGAAGACUGCUGCAAGUGUAAGCCAGGCUGAGCUGUGUGGUGAGAAUUUGUCUCAAAAAAAAUUUUUUUUUCCUUAAUUCUUGUUGCAUAUAUGUUAAAGUAGCCUUUUUCCUGUCUUGGGGGGUGGGGCUGUUAACAUAAAGAAAACAUUCUUCAGCAAUAGCUUUUACUGAUCAUGGUAGUUCAUGCUUGUAUUCCCAGAACUUGGGAGACUGAGGCAAAAGAACUGCUGUGAGUUCUGGAACAACCUAGGCUAUAGAGUGAGACUGUCUCUGUAUCAAUACCGACCCCCCCCCAAAAAAAAAAAA